CUUGUGGAAUAAGAUAAAAUCAAUUUAUAAAGAGCACUCAAAAUGUUUAAAGCAAAGUCAAUUUUAUUUGUUGAUCAAGAGGCAACUAAAGAAGAAUUAAUUAAUCAAAUAAGGGCUUCAGAUUGUUUAAUUCCUAUUGAAGAAGGCUAUUAAUUUGAUUUAACUGAUACGUUAUUUUAAAAGUAUGAUGAGUAAGAAGGAUAGGAUUGUUGA